AUGAUAUAUUAUGCAGUUUUGGAAGGUUUGAAUCCGGGCGUUUAUGACAACUGGCCCGCUUGUUCCGCACAAGUUGAUAAAUAUCCUCAUCCUCGUUAUGAAAAAUUCAAUUCAAAAGACGCGGCCCUCGAAUUUAUCAAUAAGGGAGGUACAUUAGAAAAUGUGUUUAUCAAUAGUGAAUGCCGAGGAAAUGGGACCACGGAUUGGCCAGAUGCCGGAGUUGGUAUAUAUUAUGGUCCUCAGGAUGAAAGAAAUGCUGCGAUUCCAUUAAAGGAAUUAGAUCCCGAUUGUAAACCAACUAAACAGCGCGCCGAGUUAUGGGCACUAAUUUCUGCAUUAACCAGUGUAGAAAUAGAUAUAUGGAAUGGAUGGGAUGAGCGUCCAGUUCAAAUUUUUACUAAUUCUGAAUAUGCCGUGGACACUUUUACUGAUUUUAACGAUGUAUGGAAAGAGAAUGGCUGGAAGAAUGGGUAUGGUGAACCAAUGGUUAAUGUUGACUUGAUCGAAGAAAUUGUUGAGAUUAAGGAUAGGAUCAACCAAAAUUAUAAAAUGAACGGAUGGUAUGCAAUUGAUGUAUGCCGGAUCCAAGGUGAGUGUGGUAAUUUGUCAAACGAGGAAGCUGACAGAUUGGCCAAUUUGGCUGCUGAUGGACAGCACAUCCCCCGAUGGGUUUGA